GCAGGAGGCUGCUGGUCGGUGAGGGACUGUAGUGUGGUCUAUAGGAACACGUCACAUGUUCGCUGUCAGUGCCACAGACUGGGAACGUUUGGAGUCCUUAUGGACAGCUCACAGAGAGAGCAGUUGGAGGGUGACCUGGAGACCCUCGCCAUAGUAACGUACUCCUCGCUCUCAGUUUCCAUGGCGGCGUUGUUGCUAACAGUGGUGGUUUUAUCCUGCCUGAGGGGACUGAAAUCAAACACACGCAGCAUUCACUCCAACAUGGCUGCCGCUACGCUCCUCUCCCACCUCACAUACCUGCUGGGCAUCAACCAGACGGAACAACAGUUCCUGUGUACGGUGGUUGCAAUUCUGCUCCAUUACUUCUUUAUGUCGGCAUUUGCGUGGCUGUUCGUGGAAGCUCUUCAUAUUUACCGUAUGCAAACAGAAGCGAGAAACAUCAACUAUGGAGCAAUGAGAUUCUAUUAUGCUAUUGGCUGGGGAGUCCCUGCUAUCAUUACAGGGUUGGCUGUUGGGUUGGAUCCAGAGGGGUAUGGCAACCCAGAUUUCUGCUGGAUCUCCAUGUACGAUAAGCUCAUGUGGAGCUUUGCAGGACCUGUUAGCGUCGUCAUCCUGAUGAAUGGUGGGAUGUUUUUAAUGGUCCUGCGUAUGACAUGUAACCCCACUCAGAAGGAGAUAAAGAAGCUGCCCAUGAUGUGAGUACAACAUGCAUGUGUUCAGGAACAAUCCAUUU